AUGAACUCACAUGUAUUCGAUAUCCAGCCCGUCGCCCGCUUUGUCGGCUCCAACGCGGCCAUUCGCAGGCCAAAGGAAAUCGCAUGCUUCUCCUACGACGACCAGCACAACUUGCGCCUUGAUGAAUCCUCGCUGCGCUACUAUUACCCUCCCCGUCUACCCGCAGAUUUAAACAAGGGCUUCGACACCUUCGAGAAGCUCGAUGACUCAGGCGAUGAGCACCUGGAUGCGCUUCUAGAUACGAUUAUAGAUCUGGAAAGGAGGACGGGGAACAAAUGCGAGGCUGACAUAGUUACGUGGAGGGGGAUGAUGACAAAGAAGAUAAUGACAGCGCCGUUUGAUAACAUGAAUGGGUAUAUGAUUCUCCAUGCGCCAUGUGUGUUCGAGAUGAAUGCCACAUGUUAUCAAGAAUCAAUCUUCAUCGAAGAAAACAAUGCAUAUAAACUCUCUCAGAAAGAAUCGCAGCGAAAUCAAAGGAUGCCUCCCGGGGCUCCCUCUCAGGAUAUGAUGGCGUUUUGGGGCUAUAAAUUUGAAACUCUAUCGCUCAUAGAUGAACCAUGGGAUGCUACAUCUCGUGAGAAGAUUGAGGGUCGUGAGAACGAAAUCGUCAACAACAAAGCACAGUACUGCUCCGUCGUCCGAACGGGGAUAGGGGGUUUCAAGAUUGUUCUUGGUGGUGAAGUUGAUGCUGUAUGGGACUGUAAGCCCGAAAAGAAAGACGAACCCAUAAACUGGGGCACUUGGGAUGGGAAUAUAUGUAUCAAUUUCACCGCGAAGCUUCUGGGAUGGCUGAAGCUUGUGAUUAAUGAUGAAGGGCUGUGGAGGAUCCGCAGGCAGGAGAAAUCGCCUGUUAUCGAGGUUUUCAAGUUGGAGGAUUCGGGUCAUGGAGGGAUCCUCUCUCAGUCGUUUGUUGACUGGCGGUCUACCACGUGA